AUGUGGCAACAACGGUGCACCCGCUCCGCCUUUGGAACCGUCCUUUCGUCGGUGCUGUUCCUUCUUGCUCUCUUUUGCUACGUCGAAGGGGAGCAAAUCGUUAUCAAGGGCGGCACUGUCACCAACGCGGACGGACAACUCGUAGCAGAUGUCCUAAUUGAGAAUGGCAAAAUCGCCAAGGUUCAGAAAGACUUGAAGGUGCCCCCCGGUGCUCGACUCCUGGAUGCCUCUGGCCAAUACGUCAUGCCUGGGGGUAUUGAUCCCCACACGCACCUUGAGAUGCCAUUCAUGGGGCAGGUCGCCUGUGAUGAUUUCUUCAGUGGUCAGGCAGCUGCGCUGGCUGGUGGGACAACCAUGCACAUUGAUUUUGCCUUGCCUACAAAAGGGGAUCUGAUGCAAGGUUUCCAUGACUAUCAGAAGAAGGCUGCAAAGGCCUGUAUGGACUAUGGCUUCCACAUGGCAGUCACCUCUUGGUCAGCAAAGGUGGCUGCUGACAUGGCUACUUUGGUGAAGAAAGGAAUCAACUCCUUCAAGUUCUUUUUGGCAUACAAGGGUGCCCUCAUGGUUACAGAUGAAGAGUUCCUGCAGGGACUUCAGAAAUGCAGGGAGAUUGGAGCAAUUGCACAGGUGCACGCAGAGAAUGGUGAGGCUGUUGCAGUGGGACAGAAGCGCAUCUUUGAGGCUGGUAUCACUGGACCUGAGGGACACGCUUUGUCGCGGCCUUCAUUCCUUGAAGGGGAGGCAACAUCAAGAGCAGUCCGCCUGGCUCGUUUUGUAAACACACCUCUCUAUGUCGUGCACACCAUGAGCAUUGAUGCUGUGGAAGAGGUGGCACGUGCUAGAGCAAGAGGUCAGAGAGUCAUCGGAGAGCCAGUUGCAUCUGCCCUCAGCCUGAAUGAGACAGCAAUGUGGAAUCCCGAUUUCAAGAUAGCUGCAGCUGCUGUUAUGAGUCCCCCUAUCAGGGCUGCUUCCCAUCGCGUGAAAAUCAAGGAAGCUCUGGCAGGAGGGCUACUUCAGCUGGUUGCAACAGACCAUGCCGUCUUUAACUCGACACAGAAGGCAGUUGGGAAGGGCGACUUUAGGGUGAUUCCUAAUGGUGUCAAUGGAAUUGAGGAACGGCUUCAUGUGGUGUGGGAGGAAAUGGUGAACUCAGGUUUGAUCACUCCGUCCGACUUUGUUCGUAUCACAAGCACUGCUGCUGCUCAGAUCUUCAACUUGUACCCGCGCAAGGGCGUCAUUGCUCCUGGUUCAGAUGCGGACGUCAUUCUGCUGGAUCCAAAAGUCGAGCACCACAUAAGCGCAGCCACACACCAUUCAAGGAUCGAUACCAAUGUCUACGAAGGCAAGAGAAUCAUGGGAAAGGUGGUCGUCACAAUAAGCCGUGGCCGCAUUGUGUGGGAGAAUGGCAACCUCAAUGUGACCCCUGGCACUGGUAGAUUUGUGGAGAUGCUGCCCAUGGGUCCCUUGUUUGAGGGGCUGGAUAUUCUAGACCAGGAGGCUAUGCACCCCCUUGGCACAACCCCUGUGCACCACACACAUGCCAAAGAUGAACUCUAG